AUGUGGCGUUAUUUCACGCAUAAAAAUACGCGACGGUACAUCGAUGUUCUGCAGGACAUUGUGCACGCUUACAAUCACUCGUCCACGAGAAUGCAACCAGCGGUAGUAACGAGAGAAAACGCGCAUAUCGCUCGCGAAAAUAUAGCUCGUCGUUGGAAAAAAAACGACGAAUCAUUAAAGAAACGAGGGUCCGAAACGAUUAAAUAUCGUGUCGGGGAUCUCGUUCGCAUCAGUAGAGCGAAAGGUGCCUUCGAGAAAGGAUACGAAGCUAACUGGAGCGAGGAGAUAUUUCGAAUUUAUCGUAUUCUCGAUUGGCGAAAACCGCGCGUGUACGAAUUGAGCGAUUUGGCAGACGAAGUCAUAGACGGUAUUUUUCAUGAGCAAGAAUUAGCUCGAGUUGAGAAAAACUUACAGGAGGAACAGUUUAUCGUCGAUCACGUGAUAAAGAGUAGAGGACGAGGAGCUAAUAAGCAAGUGCUUGUUAGUUGGCGAGGUUAUCCCAGUAAAUUUGAUAGUUGGAUUCCGGCUUCGAGUUUAAUUUCUCUUCGCGAUGGAGGAGGAACAAUUUCUUCUGGUACUUCCGAGCAACAGUAG